AUGGCUAUCAAGGCAAACCCCAAUAAAAAGAAGGAGAAGUUCGUCUCCCAGAACAAAGACGCUCUUGCGUUGGCAGAGAAAAUCAAAGAAAACGCAUACAAGCAGAAGUUGGCCCAGAAGAAACACUCCGCUGAUGAUAACUCCAUCAAGCCUGAAGCCACAGAGGUUUCUGUUUCAGACAGUUCCAAGAAGUUCGAGUCGUUCAGCGAGCUCAAGCUUAUUCCAGAGCUCAUCGAGCUGAUCCAGCUGAUGAAGUUUACCAAGCCCACGCCGAUCCAGGCCGAGGCUAUUCCUCAUGCUUUGGAAGGGAAGGAUAUCAUUGGUCUUGCCGUGACUGGUUCAGGUAAGACGGCAGCGUUUGCCAUUCCUAUUUUGCAGUCGCUUUGGCAUGACCAGGACCCAUACUAUGGGCUUGUUUUGGCUCCGACGAGAGAGUUGGCGUACCAGAUCAAGGAGACGUUUGAUGCUCUUGGAGCUGCCAUGGGCGUCAGAACAUGCUGUGUGGUUGGUGGUAUGGAUAUGAUGGACCAGGCUCGUGAUUUGAUGAGGAAACCACAUAUUAUCGUGGCCACGCCAGGUAGAAUCGUGGACCAUUUGGAGAACACCAAGGGCUUUUCGUUGAGAAGACUUAAGUACUUGGUUAUGGACGAAGCUGAUAGAUUGUUGGAUCUUGACUUUGGUCCUGAGCUCGAUAAGAUCUUGCGUGUGAUUCCAAGAGAGAGAAAUACGUACUUGUUUUCUGCUACGAUGACCGGUAAGAUUGAGAAGUUGCAGAGAGCUUCGCUUAGAAACCCAGUCAGAAUCGCUGUUUCUUCGAAGUACCAGACCGCCGAUAACCUUGUCCAGCUGAUGAUGCUUGUCAGUGACGGCUACAAGAACACAUACUUGAUCCAUUUGCUUAACGAGUUUAUGGGUAAGCUGAUUAUCAUCUUUACCAGAACAUGUGCCCACUCGCAGAGAACUGCUCUACUAGCACGUAUUUUGGGCUUUUCUGCUGUUCCUUUGCAUGGUCAACUUACCCAGUCCCAGAGAUUGGGUUCUUUGAACAAGUUCAAGUCUAAAAAGGCCAAUAUCUUGGUUGCCACAGAUGUGGCUGCCAGAGGUUUGGAUAUUCCUUCUGUGGACGUUGUCAUCAACUACGAUAUCCCAACUGACUCAAAAGCUUACAUUCACAGAGUCGGCAGAACUGCUCGUGCUGGUCGUUCCGGUAAGUCGAUCUCGUUGGUCACCCAGUACGACUUGGAGAUGUACUUGAGAAUCGAGGCUGUUUUGGAGAAGAAGCUUCCAAAGGACCCAUCGCCUCCAAGAGACGUUUUGGACGCUUUGCAUGUGCAUGUGGACAGAGCCACUGCCGAAGCUAUCAGGCAGACCAAGGACUUCCACGACAAGAGAGGUAAGAAGAAGUCGAGAGACGACGCCGACAGGGAGGAGAAGUAA